CAAAUCUAAACCACUGCACUAUACCUGCUACUAGAAAGAAAAUUAACACUGUCCCAGCCAAAACUAGGACAACCUGCUUCCCCUGAUUAUGGGUGAAUAGAAAGACUUUACUGGCAGUUGUGGCAGGAUCCAGGAUCACCCAGGCCUUCGAAGUGAGAGAAAUGACACCUUUGCCUGAAAAAGAGGAACUGGAAACCACUGUGGGCCAUCCGAUUUCUAAUGGUCUCAAGCAGUGCAUUUUACUGGAGCACAAAGCAGAACAAACACACUGUUCAGCUAAAGAACUCGGGCAGGUCUCAAGCAUUUAUGACUUAAAGGAAGAACACUGCAGGUCCAGAAAUCUCCUCCCAGCCUGAGGAGGAAGAAAAACACAGCUAGCAUCUAUCAUUUGCCGUUUGCCACCAUGACGUCAGCUUGGGGCUGAACUCUUUACCUGUGGCUGGGACCUUAAAUGAGCUGAUGCCAGAAGAGAAAAGCACUUUCUCUUAGGUUUAGCAGCAAGUAGCAGCAGCAACAGAAGCAGCAAUGAGACGCUGUGUAUUCCUCGCUGUGUUGCUCAGCCUGGUGUUGAGCCUUUCGAAAGGAAGCACCAGUGAAGCAUCGACUACCCUAUCUACGACGACAAGCCCAACAACGACAGGAAGCACCAGUGAAGCAUCGACUACCCUAACUACGACGACAAGCCCAACAGCGACAGGAAGCACCAGUGAAGCAUCGACUACCCUAUCUACGACGACAAGCCCAACAGCGACAGGAAGCACCAGUGAAGCAUCGACUACCCUAUCUACGACGACAAGCCCAACAGCGACAGUGGGUGACUUCUGCAAGCCAAAUCCUUGUGGAAACAAUUCAGCUAAAUGUGUUGCUUUAAAGAGCAAUUUUACCUGCCAGUGUCAAUAUGGAUUCUACUAUAGCAAAGAUGAUUGUCACAGAGGGCAAAUAUUCCCAGGGAUCAUUACACUGAAUGCAAUUUACAGUGAUAGUGUUCAAAUUGUAAAUUCCAUGGAGUAUGAAGAACUGUUCCAACGUUUAACAAAGUUUUUUAAGGAUGCCCUCAGCAGUUUAGGAGGCUUUGAACAGACUGUCAUUGUGGAAAUUCAACCUCACAAAGAAAGCAGAGCUGCUCUAACAACUGUAACAGUGACAAACCUGUUCACGAAGGACGCAAAUGUAAACAAUACAACAGUUAGUGCUGCAAUAAAUAAAGCAACAAUUGAUUCAUCCCUUGUUUCUCAUUACACAGAUACAACCUAUUGUGCUGCUUUUAAGUGUGAUGCCCAAACCACAGACUGCGAAGAAAGUAUGUUUCCAAAAUGCAUAUGCAAAAGUAAUUUCUCAAUGACUGAAUGGGAUGAUCGUUCUUGUUCAGAUUGCAGUAAAGACUGUUCUGCAGAAGAAAAUGAGUACUGUGCAAAAGAAAAAGGGGUUCCAACAUGCAAGUGCAUGCCUGACUUUGAACAGAAGAAUGGAAAAUGCGUAUCUUGUCCAGUGGGCUACUCUGGGGAGAACUGCAAGAACAAUAGCAAACUCAUCCUUAUAAUAGUGGGUACAGUGUUUGGAGCCAUUAUCCUGAGUUUAGUGAUAGCAGUCUCUAUUGUUUCAGUAAGAGCCAAACACAAACAAGAUCCAGAGAAGAAGAGCCUGAUAAGGUCAGGAUAUUCCAACCCAAAUACCUCUGAUAACAGACAGACCACGAUGUUCCCCAGAGUCCAGACCACUUCUGGCCAUGCGAACCCAGGAUAUCAGCCAAACAACCCAUAUGAGAUGCGUUCCUCGAAUAGAGGUCGUUUUCCGGAGAGGGAUUAUGAUGAUUUGAACUGAGGCCUAAACCAGGAUAGAAGCAACACAGAAACCUGAUGUUUAAACACUCACCCACCCCUUCCCCCGCUUUUAAAAAGCUGCCAAUUAAGAGAAGAAAAACAUGUAUUUAGUUGGUUGAUUGAUCAGAUUCACAUGGAUUUUGGCAUUUCUAACUUUCCAAAGAUGUCAACAUUUCGCUGAUGAACAUCUGCCUGUUGGGUUUUCCUUGAGGGCUAGUGUGUCACAGGGAGAGGGCUAUCAUGUGUGGUGGGCUACACGCUGAACUAUUCUGAGAAAACUUUCUGAGCCAGAGCUACUCUUGAUUUCUUUUCUUCUCUUUUCUUGUCUUUCCUUGUCCGACUUCUCUGUAGUACGAAAUAUCCCGGGAGCCUGAGGGCUUUAGGAUGCAGAGGAGAUACUAAGUGACCAGAAGGAUGGAUGACCACCACAACAAUGGGUCAGACCAAAGAGCCUCUCACCAAUGCAGUUACUUCAGCAGAAGAGAUGACAAUGUCCGUAAUCCCAGAUUCUGUGAAGAUUUUCUAAAGGAAGACCCUUGCUUGAAAGAGAUCAUGGACAACUCUCUGAAAUAAGGGAGAAAUGAAGCAGAGGGUAGGGAGAAGAAGAGGACUUUUAAAAGAACUAACGGGCUCCAAUAAACCUUCGACUUCUUUCAGGAGGCCAUACAUUGGCAAGAGUGUGAGAUACCAUGAUUUUAACCCUGCUUUUUUUCAGUUCUUCUGGAAGAUGAUCCAGGCAAUAUGUAUGACGUUGAAAAAUGUCAGCACCCAGAGCUUUGCCUGUAUUUGUGCUCACUUCAUUUCAGCUAGACAGCCUGCAUGGCUUUGGGCAGACCAAAACUCUUCUUCAUGAGAACCUAACCUGUUUAUCUUUACUGUAUCAGGUACAGUUUUUUCCCCUCCUCAACCCCCCAAUAUUUCCUGUCUGAAAACAUUCAGUUCAGAUCUCUGCUGACAUGCGUUGUGUGACACAAUGGUACUUGUCUGACCUUUUAUGCAGGCUUCCUUCCCAAUAAAAUGACAAGAAACAAUAUCUUAAAACAAACACUGAUGUUCUCCAUCUUGCACAACUACAUUGAUUUUACAUUCUCAGCUCCUGUGGAAAGUGUUAGCUCUUUUUUUUUCUCUUGCACUCUUUAUGUUUUGAUUGAAUGAUCUUUGUUUGUUUGUUUUCAUUUCUUACAUACACUCAAUAAAUCUGUCUGUAAAAGAAUCCACAUUUUACCAUACUUUACUGAGUGUGCAUUAUCUAUUGACUAGCAUUAACAUUUGCUUAUAUAUAUAAUAUAUAUAUAUAUGCUCAAAUAUGUACAUAUAUUUAUAGGGUAAGUUCAUUUAAAGCAUCAUUUAA